AUGGCGGGGAAGGAGCAGGCCGGCGCGGGCGCGGGCGGGGCCGGGAGCGCCCCCCCGCCGCGAGUGCCAGUGCCCGCGGUUUCCACGCAGCCGCCGAUUAAGAAGCUGGUCAGGCAGCUCGACUUCAACUACGGGAACCCCGCCAUGGCGGCCGCCGCCGCCGCCGCUUCCCGGACGGUGCAGCCCAGGGCGCUGCAGGUCGGGUACCCGCAGCCGCACCAGCUGAGGGCCGCGUUGCCCAUCGGGGUGCCACAUCAGCUGCAGCCGCGGGGGCUGCCCGUGAUGCGGCCGCAUCAGAUGGUGCAUGCGACGCUGCCGCGGCCGGCACUGCCGAUGGCGAUGCCCGUGCCCGUGCCGCAGGCUCGGUCGGCCCUUUCGCAGCCAGUACAGCGCCCGCCGGUCGCCGUUCCCUUGAAGCCAGAGUCACCAAAACCACGUGGACGGCUGUAUGAUGGGAAAGAUGGCACACCUACGAAGAAGAAGUGCUGCAAUUGUCGGCACUCCAAAUGUUUGAAGCUGUACUGUGAAUGUUUUGCAUCUGGUAUUUAUUGUGAUGGAUGCAACUGCACCAAUUGUUUUAAUAAUGUUGAGAAUGAGGUGGCUAGGCGUGAAGCUAUAGAGGCUACACUGGAGCGCAAUCCAGAUGCGUUCAGACCUAAGAUUGGGAGUAGCCCACACACAAAUCGGAAUAAUAUGGAGGUAGCUGGUGAUGUCCCUUUAAUAGGGAAGCAUAAUAAAGGGUGCCACUGCAAGAAGUCAGGAUGCCUCAAGAAAUACUGCGAAUGCUUCCAAGCUAAUAUACUAUGCUCUGAAAAUUGCAAGUGUAUGGAUUGCAAGAACUUCGACGGGAGUGAAGAUAGAAAACAUCUUAAUCUGGAUCACAAAAAUGUCAUUCACAUGCAACAAGCAGCAAAUGCAGCAGUAAAUGGUGCUAUUGGAGCAACUGCAUUGUCGUCGCCUUCCACAUCUAGGAAGAGAAAGCACAUCGAUUCUUCACUUGACCUUUCGACCAAGGAACAUUUAGCUAUCAGGAAUGGUCAACUAUCUCAGGUUAUUUAUCAGAAGAACGCAAUGGCCUCCGAUGGUUCACUUCCAAUAGGCCAGUCUGCGCAUCCUCAUAUGAUGGGGCCCUUUAAAGUCACCUACAGGCCUCUUUUAGCGGAUAUUAUUCAGCCAGGGGAUGUAAAGGAGCUUUGUAAACUUUUGGUGACAGUAUCGGGACAGGCUGCUAAGGCAUAUACUGGUCGGAAAAUCCAGGAAGAGAAGGUUGCAGAGAAGGAAGAUGGAGUGGGAGGUUCCCUAGCAUUGACGAACCAUGAUAGAGAAGGCAAAAAUAAAGAUCAAAAUCAUCGGAAAAUAUCAAUUGAUGAUCAUUCAAGUGGAGGAACUGAUAUGGGCAAGGCAUCUCUAGAUGAUUCCAGACCUGAUUGCACUGAUGACCAGAAGUCCAGUAGACCAAUGUCUCCUGGAACACUAGCGUUGAUGUGUGAUGAACAAGAUGCUAUGUUUGCAACUUCUCAAAAUGCUGUUGCUCCGCCAGCAAUAGAUGUCGAUCAGAACCGGUCGGAACUGUAUGCAGAGCAGGAAAGGUGUGUGUUGACAGAAUUCCGCGAUUGCCUGCGUAAGCUUGUGCAAUACGGUAGAAUGAAAGAGGAGAAGUACUCCAUGGCAAUCAGAUCUGAAGUGACCGGGCAUCCAGGGCAGGUAAAUGGUGCCCCGCGGAUACCAUAUCCAAAAGUAGAUGUACCUGUUGUAAAAACAUUUCCUCAGAGUUCCAGCAAACAUCUUGUUGCUGGGAACCCUUCGAGUGGGCAUUUAGACAAAAGACUGAAGCCUGAGAACACAUAG